AAACAUAGGCAAUAAAGAUGGCUCCUGCUUUAGACUGGGGAAAGCUCAUGAAAGUGGAUCCAGAUGUUCUUCCGAAUCAAGAAAGAUUAGCAGAAAAGAUGCUGAAAACCUUAUCGCAGGUGACUAGCACAGACUUGCAUGGGGAGACCAAUGAAAAUUUGAUGCAGCUUUUUCGAAUUACACAGUCUUUAAUGAAGAUGAAAUCUCAAGAGGUAGACCUUGCCUUGGAAGAGGCAGAAAAAGCGGGGGAAGAGCAAGCCAAAACUGAAAACGUACUAAGGAAUAAAGUCAAGCAACUGGAAAAUGAAAUAGAGAUGGCACAGCUGUCCACUGGAACUAGAGAUUCACGUUUUUUACGGGAAGAAAUUCGUCAGCUUGAGGAACAGCUGGGACAGAGAGAGCGGGAACUGAAAGACAUGAGAAAGGAGCUUGAAAAAGAGAAACAAGUUAACGAACAAUUGGCUCUUCGAAAUGAAGAAACGGAUAAUGAAAACAGCAAAUUAAGAAGAGAGAAUGAACAGCUACGACAAGAUGUUAUAGACUACCAGAGACAGAUUGACUCCCAGAGGGAAUCUCUUAUGUCCCGUGGAGAUGGGCAAGACUACAAAACUAUUAUCUCGAAGAAGAACAUGGAGCUUGUACAUUACCUCGAUGAGAUACAGAGCUUGACCGAGGCCAAUGAGAUACUGGAAAGCCAAAACCAAGAAAUCACAAAACAUAUGGAAGUAUCUGUACAAGAAAUGGAGAAGAUGACAGAUGAAUACAGCAGAAUGAAACUCAUGGUACAGCAUGCUGACGGUGCUAUGGACCACUUGAAGAAAGAGAAGGAGCAAUACAGAUUUCAGGUUCUGGAGCUAACAGAGCAGAUGAAGGCUAAGAAUGAAGAAGAUGAUCCAGUUAUGAUAGCAGUUAAUACAAAAGUAGAAGAAUGGAAGAGGAUAUUGGCAUCAAAAGAUGAAGAAAUUGUGGCAUAUCAACAAAUGGUUCACAACUUGAGGGAAAAACUGAAGGUUGCUCAGUUGGAUGCAGACAAGAGCAGUGUUCUUGCCCUCCAACAGGGUGUGCAGGAACGGGAUAACCACAUUAAGUUGCUGACUGAGCAGCUGGAGCAGUAUACAAAGGAGAUGGAAUCUCAUUCCCUACAUGUUGAAACUCUGAAGCAGCAAUUAUUGCCAAAUAAAGGAGAUCCUCAGCUUUAUCAAUCUGAAGCGUUUCAAGCAAAACUGCAGCUCAUGGAUCAGAAACUCAGAGAAGCAGAACGUGUUGCAGAAUUAGCAGAGAAUGAUGCCCGGCAAAAAGACAAAGAUCUGGUUGAUGCCUUGAAACGGAUGAGAGACUAUGAAUCGGGAGUUUAUGGCUUAGAAGAAGCAGUUGCUGAAAUCAAAGAGCUAAAGACUCAAAAUAACCUAAGGGAUCGUGAAAUAGAAGCACUGACUGCAGACAUUAACAAACUUGAACUGAAAGUGAAUGAUAUUCUUGAUGAGAAUGAAGAUCUAAGGGAACGGUUAGGACUUGAUCCUAAAGCUGUUAUUGAUUUAACUGAAUUUAAAAAUAUUAAGACUCUCAAACAGCACCAGUACAGAGCAGAAAACCAGGUUCUUUUGAAAGAGAUUGAGCGGCUGGAAGAGGAGCGAGUUGAACUAAAGCAGCAAGUCCGCAAAAUGGCUCAAGAGAAAGGAAAGAGAGCUGCUUCACUUGGGCUAACAGCUGAUGACUUGUUUUUAAAUGGGAGUUCCAAUACGGACCCCAGUUCUAGACCGAGAGACUCCAGUUUUUUUGUCCUGGAUAAAACGGGUGAAAUUAGGGAAAAGUGUCUGGGCUUGGUUCUGGACAUUGUUGUGGCCCGAGUUUUUUUCUCCAUCGGGACAAACUUCUGGAACUCCGUUCCAGCGUGCGUCUCUUGCGGACGCACCGGUGGUCGUCCGUUCACUUUUGUGUGCAGGUCCUGGACCUCCUGGUGGCAGUGGGACUAG